GGACUCCCGCUACGCGCUGCUCGUCCUGGACACAUCUGAUAAAUGUACGUCUUUCAGCGUAAAUGUAUUUAAGUGUUUCAGCGUAUUUAAGCGAUGGAUGACCCUUUUAAACAUCAUGUGUACUUCGAGUGUCCCAGCCUGGACGAAGAGCAAAAGAAGAAAGUAGAAACCUACUUUCUCAUUCGCCGGAGGUCAGGCGGAGGGGAGUGUGGUCCGCUGAGGAAAGUGAAUGAUAAAGUUUAUACGAUCGCUUUCAAAGAUGAAAAAGAUCAGCAAAGGGUCCUGCAGAAGUCUGAGCAUGUGUUGGAGUUGGCGACCGGUCUUCUGGCGCUCACCAUCCAUGAUGACCCGGGGCUUCAAUCCUCUUCUCACACCACUACCUCAACAUCCAGUCGAUUUGUUCACCCAGACCUCAGGUCUACAGCUCCAGCACAGCAGAGCCACCUGCCUAUUCACGCCUCAACACUGACACCAUGUGGUGUAGAACAUGAACUACAGCUGGACACCUACCUCAUCCGUUACCUAAAGGAGCACCCCAGAGCUGGGAAGGAACUAGAUGAAGAACUUGCAUCUGUGGCCAGCUCUGUGCAGCUCCACCCAGACGAGGGGAGGGUAUUGGUCAAGGGCUUCAUCCCAGAUAUGGAUGAAGUUCAACAAUGGAAAGCUAAGAUAGAAAAAGUCUUUGAACGCAUCAAAAAACGAUAUCUCUGCCACUUUGAGGUGGACCCACACAAAGUCAGCAUUCUGCUUCGCUCCCGCAGCUCUAGUCAGGACACAGAUGAAGUGAGGGUGUACAGCCAGGUCGGAGUGGCUGUGGUGGUUGGGGAGCAUUCCCAGGUGCAAACCAGACUGAAGGAUGUGGUGGGCUUGCAUGUUACAGGCCAAGGGUCAGGUGUCAGUCAGAAGCAAACCACAACCCGUCGAUUAGGUGAGGCAAAACUCCGCCUCCUCUGGCAGGACAUAGAACACAGUCUGAGGCAGGACAUCCCUGGAGUGAAGGUCACACAAGGAGAUGCAGGUCAGCUAGUUUUGGAAGGCUCUGUGGAGGAGAUUGUUAAAGCUGGAGACAUUGUUUCCAAGAAGGAGAAUUUGAUUUUAGAGAGGAUGGUUCCUCGUGUGUGCCCACAUCUUUUGGCCUUCCUGAGAAAAGAGUAUGGAGGUGUUGGGGUGCUAGUCAAAUUUUUAGGGGUUGGCAGCAAUGUGGAAAUAGAGCUAAGGGACACUGAACUGCGUCUCUUCAGCCUCUGCUCUGAUAAACUGGAUGAAACUGAAAAGGCACUGCUGGACAAGUUCAAGGAAGAAAAAACUGAUGUCCCAGACUGCUCUGCUGUGCCAUCUGAGCUUAAAGAGAAGCUUGAGUCCAAGGCAAAGGAGAUGAACCAAGGAAGAUGUAAGGUUUGGGUAAGGUUUAUCUCAGGUAGCAAGGUUUGUUUACUGGGCCACACCAAAGAGGUUGAGGAGCUGAGUGAGGUUAUCAUACAGUUUAUUUUGGAUCAUUCCAGUGUAGAGGGCAGGAUUAGUCUCCCUUUCUCAGAGAUAGUAGACUCAUUACCUGAAUUAAUGCAGCUUCAUGGUGUAGACCACUCAGAGGUGACCUGUCAUCCUGUUGCCUCAUCCCCUACCCCUAUGGUGGUGCUGAUAGGCCCAUCGAGUAGAGUUACUCAAGUAAGGAACAGUCUGGGUCCACUUCUAGAUUCAUUAGUUCAGAAGACAGUCACCAUUGACCUGCCUGGAGCACUACCCUACUUCCAAAGUUUCCCUGGCAAAGAGAAGCUCCUAAGUGUUGGGCAUUCUCAGAAGUGUCUCAUACAGUUUCAGAAACCAGAGAAAAUCAAAGAAUCAGGUGUAGGACUUAGUCAGGGAAUCACAAUUGUUGACAGAUACUGCCUUGAUAGCGGACUCCAGGUGCUGGUGUGCCAGGGCGACAUCACCGAAGAGCAUGCUGAUGCCCUGGUGAAUGCUGCCAAUGAGGAUCUGAACCAUGGUGGAGGUGUGGCUGCUGCACUCAGUCGUGCAGGUGGUCCUCAAGUGCAGAAGGAGAGUAGCACUUUAGUAAAGCAGGUUGGGAAAAUCCGUACAGGUGAGGUGGUCGUGACCACAGGGGGGAACCUAAAUUGCAAAAAACUGCUGCAUGCUGUUGGGCCUGUGCAGGGGAAAGCAGGUGGACGAGAGAGGGAGUUGCUGGAAAAAGCUGUCUGGUCCGCUCUGAACUUAGCAGAGAUGAUGGAGUUCCAGUCCAUAGCAAUUCCCUGUAUUAGCUCUGGCAUAUAUGGAGUGCCUAUCAGAGUGUGCACUGAGGCCAUUGUGACUGCUGUUAAGCUGUUUGGAAGACAGGGGCGAGGCCUGAAUAAAGUUAUCCUGAUAGAUAACCAAGGUGAGGUGGUGAGAGCCAUGCAGGAAGCGUGUAACAGGCUUCUGCAAGGGAAAAAUACAGGAAACAGUACGAUCAGGGUUGAUAGCUUCCAGAGUGGUCCCAGUGCUGCCACCCAAGACCCAGUGAGAGGAGCUACAGCCGGAUCUGCUGGUGACGGUGUCCAGGUAGAGAUUGUCCAAGGACUCAUUGAGAUUCAGCAGACGGACGCCCUGGUAUCUCCUAUGGUUGGCCACGAUCCUCUCUCUACCCGCGUGGGACAUAGUUUGCACAAUGUGGUCGGACCUCAGCUGGUGACAGGAUUUAAUAAGGAGGCAGGAGGAGCAACACUCGCUGCUGAUAUCAUCCCAGUGGAGGGCUUGCCUGGACUUCCAUGUGGCUGUGUGUUGUUCCUCAACCUCCUUCCUUGGGAUAAUCGACAAGGAAUAGCCAUCAAGGCUCUGAGGCAAGGAAUUGGCAACAUCCUGGCCUUCUGUGACAACCGAGGCUUUAGUUCUGUUGCUGUUCCCGCACUUGGCACUGGAGCUGUUCUUCAUUUUCCUCAUGCUGUGGUGGCCAGGGCUCUGUUGGAGGAGAUCCAAGCAUAUGAACAGAACCGGACCAGGAGAACACCAUUCAUGGUUCGCAUCAUUAUUCACCCCAAUGACAAAGAAUCUACCAAGGCCUUCCAGUCUGCCCAGGAGGUUGUGCAUCUCAGAGGAUUUGUGAACAGUGCUAACCCAGACCAAGCUUCCUUCUACCGCCAUGUCUCUUCUAGCCAAGAUGAGGUUUCAGCCAUGCUGGGCAGAGUCAAGCUUCAGCUGGUCUGUGGUGACAUCAUUCAUGAGACCACUGAUGUCAUUGUUAAUACAACUGACUUCUCUAACAACCAGUCAGGUGUUUCUAAAGCCAUUCUGACUGCAGCAGGGCCCAGCAUCCAGGCAGAGUUAACAAAGGUGGGCAUUCCCUCAGAUUUCAUGUGCACCACGGGACCUGGUGCACUGCGCUGUAAAGAAAUCUUUCAUGCCAGUUUUAAGCGUGAGGCCCAGAGGAUUCGCAGGAUUUGUGCAAAGAUAUUGAAGGACUGUGAGAGCAAAGGCUACCACUCAGCAGCGUUCCCAGCCAUCAAUACUGGUGCGGCUGGUAUGGACUUUGAUUCGGCGAGUAAAGCCAUGCUGGAUGGUAUGGCAUCGGCUGUUAGGGACUUGAAUCCAAAUGUCCUGUCACUCAUCCGCAUUGUCAUCCUGCAGCGGCCUGUCUUCCUGGCUUUCAGAUCAGUACUGGAGAACCGCUUUGGACUAAUCGCCCCCCGCCUCACCCUGAGAGAGAAAGCCAAGCAAGUUCUGAGGAAGUUUCAGGAACGUGCUUUCAGCCAUGCCCAAGCUCCUCCAACCCCACAUGGUUCAACUUUUGACUCCUGGAAGCCUCCACCAGCUGUGCUGUGUGUCACAGGUUGUAGUUCUGAGGCAAUUACAGCUGUCCAGGCAGAUUUGGUGGCUGUGCUGCAGCAGCAGCUGACAGAGAGAGAGGUGGAUUGGCAGGAGUUUUCCAGGCUUAAUGACAUGGAGCUUGAGGCAGUGCGGGCCAAAGCCAGAAUCCGAAGUGUGCGCACAGAAGUGAGGAGAGGUCAAAGUGAGGAAAGUGGAGAUCUGACCAAAGCCUGGGCUGGGAAUAGACAAGAGUCAGGAUCAGGAGGAAAGGUCUAUGUGCUGAAAGGCCUGAAGGAGGACGUUUUAAGUGUCGGUGAGCUGGUAGACCGCGCUCUCAAAAGAGUCCUUCAUGCUGACCUCCAGGAAAAAAAGGAGGCUAUGGCGGCCCUUUGUGUCCAGUGGUCGAUGCUGGACCAGCAUGGAGUCUGGCAGGAGCUGAGUCUGAAUGCCAACUACCUCUUGGAGGAGACUCACCUGGCCAAAAAGGUGUGUGUGGAUGUAGAGGAGCCAGUGGGGAUAAAAGUGAGAGUGAACCUUACGACAAUGGAAGCCACUGACUGGCGGACAGGCCUUACCUACAAAGUGAAAAGGAAUGAGACUGCAACUUUAGAGUUACCACAGCACUGGGAACCGAUGGCAGAGGAAACCUUUAAAAGAGUUGAGCUGCGUCCUGACUCACAGGAGUACCAGGAAGUAGCAAUGGGUUUUCAGAAAACAGCCAAGCAGUACAACAUUCACAAAAUUGAGCGUGUGCAGAACUACUCCCUGUGGCUGGCCUAUGCAUUGUGCCGGCAGCGUAUACUGACGAAGAACGGCUCGGCAGACCUUGGUGAGAAGAUGCUGUACCACGGCACAGCAGCAGAAUCAUGCACCAUCAUUGAGAAGAGCAAAUUUGACCGGAACUUCGCAGGAGAGCAUGGAGCAGUAUAUGGACGGGGAGUUUACUUCGCCGUGGAAGCCCAGUAUUCAGCCCGUGGUUAUUCUCCCCGUGACAGCUCAGGCCUGAAACGGCUAUACAGGGCUCGAGUCCUCACUGGCCGCUACACCGUUGGUAAUUUGUCCAUGAAAGCCCCGCCGCCACGCUCUGCCACUGACCCCACUGACUGCUUUGACAGCCUGGUGGACAACCAGCAGCAGCCCUCCAUGUUUGUCAUCUUCCACGAUGAUCAGGCCUACCCGGAAUACCGCAUCACCUUUAGCUAAGGGCAGAAUGGACAAAACUACCUUUUUGGUUUUAUACACCUUGUUUUCCUCAUUUUUUUUCUGACUUACAGUAUUCUUAUGCUGAAAUUAUAUUUGUCAGGUGCAGUAGACAGUAAAAUGACUCGUUAGCUACAGUAUUGUAUGUAACCGUACUAAAUUAUCACACAGCUCUCAUUUAGAAAAAGUGUUUCUGUGAGGGUUCUGGCAUUGCAAUUUAAGUCUAUUAAUCAUAAAUUUUACCUUUUUUUUUUUUUUUUUUUUUUUAAAGUUCAUAUUUCAUAUGUCAAUCUGAACUUUAAGGCUAUGAUUCCCUAGCAACCUUUUUAAGCAAUGUUGGACAGGGAAGCUUGUGAAAAUGUAUAGUUUAUUCAACAUUAUUUUUUCAUCCUACAGCCCACCAUUAGUUUUAUCCUGUUUCUCACUCCAAUUUCUCCCAAAUAGACCGUACUCUGCUUAAAAAUUGUGCAGGGGCUUACUUUACAUUUUAAACAUUUAGGUCAAGUACUUUCCAGAGAAAAUUACAUGAGUGCAACAGUAGAAUAAGCCUUACACUGAAAUUAAAUUUGAUAAAAUAUUUCUUUGACCGUUGUGCAUGACAGAGAAAUCCAACAUCAAGAAAUCCUAGACAUGAGAAUAAGUGUGACACAUUUUAUGUUUUAUUUGCCUUUUUUUUGCUUAAGGAUGAGCAUAUUUGAGCAAGCAGGGGAGGGAGAUACACAAUAAUUAUUCAGUUAUCAAUUAUCAGUCAUUACAUAUUAGUUCUCAUUUUUAUUAUUAUUUUAGCUAUUUUACUCUUUCAGUAGUUCAAAGUAUGUAGUAUCAACUAUUAGUGCUCGUGUAAAAGUAGAUUUAAGAUAAGCUGUGCAUUAAAAAAAUAUGAAAUGGUUUUAAAUUAAGGCUGCCUCCAGUGACCUCAUGACCUCAGGCAUUUUGAAAAGUCAUCCUGAAACACUUUAUCUCAGAAAGUGAUGCAUCAUUAUCAUCAGCAGUGACCGUGACUCUCACAUGUGCAGCAAGUUAAUCAGGGCCUGGACUGGACUGUCUGGAUAAAUACUUGUUCCUGUUUUACCACCUAAACCAAAGAUUUACUCGCAAGGCCUCUUUGAAAUCACAAUGUUUACUUCCACCAUGUUUUCUGGAAAAAAAUCAGCAGAUCUCAACACUGAAACUUCACUGGGUUUCAAGUACACAAAGCUUAUUUGUCUGAGCAACAUGUUUGAAAUAACUCCACAACCUGCCUGAGGUCAUGGGAUUGUGGUAGACUGUCUUCGAAGUUAUCAUGUGCAAUGUUUUGACACUAGAGGGAGUAGUGUUCAUAACAAUGAAGUGCCUCAAAAAAGUGCUUCCUGUGGCAAUGAAGUUAUGUGAGGUGACAUGACGACAUUGCUGCUAUUCUGAGCAACAUCAUUUGCAAUGUUUAUAUUAAAUUAGAGAAUAGAGACUACAACAUCACAAAUGAAAUAUCCACCACAAAAAGUUAUUAUAAUCUCUUAGUUAUAUCUGUCUUAUAUCUGUGUAUUAUGUCUAAUAACAACAAAGGUAGUAAAAAUAGACUUGGAAAUGUUGGUCUUGCAUUCAUGUAAAGUGCACUUACCUGUAUGCGAGGCUUAAGAAUCCUCUUAAGCCUUGAAAUGAAGGUAUGCUUGUUCUUUGUGUGGUGUUUUUUUUUUUUUUUCUUCUUCAAAAUCACAGAAUUUUGGGUGGAAACUUCAA